UCCACCCUCCAUCUUUUCUUUCCCAAUAGUCAGGGUAAACAAAAAGGGAAGCAAAGGGACAAGAAAAGAAAGAAAGAAAGAAGGUUUUCUCCACCUUUAAGCAUCCCAGCAGCAGCUCAAAGUCCUUUUUUUCAAAAAGAAAAUAUUAUUUAAAAUCCUCUGAAAGUUUCAAAUCCUACUUUUUCAUUUUCGUAUUAAAAAUGGAUUCGUCAAAGAGACUAAAUGAAUGCUUCUUAUCUGAUUGAUUGAAUCUCUCACCGGAGCAAGAAAUUGCCCUCUGCACUACAUCUUCUCCUGCUGCUCUUCUUCGAGGAUAAAAUCUGUUGAUAACAUGAUACAGAUUCAAUGAUCCUUAUUACAGUUGCAGUUAACCAAGCAAAACCAAUAUAGUUUUUGUCGGAGAAAGAUUAGAAAAUCCGAUGAGGACAAGCGGUUCUGCUUCAUCCAGAAGCCAAGAAGAAACACGGUUUAAAGAGGAGGACGAUGCUUCCCCCAUGAGAAAUCGCCAAGAUCAAAACACCAGCACGAUUCAAUACGCAGAUCAACAACAAGCAGAGCUUUUUAGAAAGCUUGACUCCUUAAAAGGCCACGUUCUCCGUGGCCAAGAUUCACCAAGAGCCUCACAUCAUCAGCCACCACCUUAUUACAAUCCAUAUCCUCCUUAUGGAAUGUAUCCUUCCCCUAGUAACCCGCCUCAUGGUUUCCCAAUGCAUCAAAGCUUGUAUGGUCAUUACCCAAAUCAGAUGCUGCCUCGUCCUCCCUAUCCUCCUCAAGGACAUUAUGUAGACAUUGGUCCUGACAUACUUGACCCCCACUUACACGACCCUAGAUUCCUUCCUGGUACACCGAGUAGGUUCGCUGAUGUCCCUGUUUCGCACCAUGGUGGUGGUGCUCAAGGCCAUCAUCACACGAGGUGGCCUAGUGACAUUAACUCUGAAAUGGGUGGCGGUGCUCAAGGCCAUCAUCACACGAGGCGGCCUAGUGAAGUUAACUCUGAAACGGGCGGCGGUGCUUAUGCUCGUGGGUAUGUUCAAACUGCUGCUGAUUCGCGUCGUUGCCAUCCUCUAGCAGGAGGUGCGCCCUUUGUAGCUUGUCACAAUUGCUUUGAGCUUCUCUACUUGCCUAGGAAGAAGCUUCUUCUUUCUCAGGCAAAGCAGCAACAAAAGCUGCAAUGUGGUGCUUGCUCCGAGGUCUUCUGUUUCACUAUUGUUGAUAAUAAGCUUGUUUUCUCUUCUUCUUCUUCUUCUGCUCUUCAGGAGACUAACCGAGCUCGUGUAGAGGUUGAAGAUAGAAAUGCAGUGGUAGAUGAUUGUCCACUUAAGGAUGAGGAACACUCAGAUGACGAAGGAGGAAGAUCAAGCGUUUCUAGUGAACCACAAAAAGAGGUAGUCAAGUCUGUUCGCCGCAGAGCCAAAGCCGCUAAAGCUCCUCCUCCGGAAAACUCUAAUCUUCUAGAGCUCUUUGAGUAUUCUAACGUAAACAGAGCUGCACUCACUUAUGGAACGUCGCAGCUAGGUUACAAUAAGCAAGUAUCCUUCACCAAACAAGAAUCGUUAGCUUCUGAGACAGAUAUUUCUUACAAUGGGUACUAUAAUAACACUGAGGACGAUUCAAGGAUCUCAAACGCCAGUAAAGAAGAGAGCGGACGUAGAAACCGAAACAAUAAAACCGUAGCUAAUGAUGACCAAUACGAUAGGCAGCUAGAGGUUUGGGUGAAUGGGCAUCUGAUACCUGAAGAUCAGGUUAUCAGCGCCGAGAAACAAGCUGGACCUGUUCAAGCUGGCAACUACUGGUAUGACUACCGUGCUGGAUUCUGGGGAGUGAUGGGACACCCUUGUCUCGGUAUCAUACCACCAUUUAUCGAAGAGUUUAGUCGUCCAAUGGCAGAUAACUGCGGUGCGGGGAACACGGGAGUGUUUGUGAACGGAAGAGAGCUUCACGAGAGAGAUUUCGAGUUACUUGCUAGUAGAGGUCUUCCUCGAGGCAAGAACCGUUCUUACAUCGUUGAUAUAUCGGGAAGAGUUCUUGAUGGAGACUCUGGUGAGGAACUUAAGAGUCUCGGCAAAUUAGCUCCAACGAUUGAGAAGGUUAAGCAUGGAUUUGGCAUGAGAGUUCCAAGAUACCUAGCUUCAUCAACUUGAUUCAGCCUCUUCUUCUUGUUUCAAUCUUUCCUUAUUAGAUUGAAAUGUAAAUUGUGCUUUAUGUAACACAACACAUCAUUUGGUUGGUUGGUUAUAUUCUGAUUUCUGACCCCACAGCUUGCCUCUGUUCCCUUUGUUCCCUUUUUUUCUUUUCUUGUUUUGGAAGCAAACCAAACCGGUUUGUGAUUUUCGGUCUGGGUUAAAGAUAACAACUCUGAUUUUCUUGUGAUCUUCUGGUUUUAUGUAAAAAUUGAUAUGUUUUGUUUUUUGUGGAUCAUUUUUUUAUUCUGUAUCAAUAACUAUCAACAAAUAAAGUAAAUUAUCAAC